AUGCCAGAAGAGAAGUAUGGGUCAACUCGUAGACAUUCGUGUGGCAAGUGGAGUUCCCGUUUGCUGAGAUGGUCUAUCUGUGGCAUUGGCUGGACUACCUAUAUCCUUUAUCGCAGUUUCGUUGUGGGACAAAUAAAGUACGAUCCCCAUAGAGGAAAGAUGAUCCUUCAACCUCGCAAUAUGUGGACUAAGAGGAUUACUUUGCUUCUAAAGCUAGCUGCCUUGUCUGCGGAUAACUUUGGCUUUCAUUAUUUAUUGUUUGCAAGUUUUCCAUUGUUUUCCAUGGCUUAUGGCACCUAUCAUCCUUCACGCACAUUCAAAGACCUGGUGGAGUCUUUAGUUUUCCAGAUAGCUUUUUGGAACAUUGGGCGAUUAUAUUACUGCUUGAGUAGAGUGUCCUGGAACAGGUCCUUUGUACUUGUGGUCAAUGAGGUGAUUCACUUGAUGUCCUUAAUUGAGGACACCUUGGGACCUCUCUUAUUGGAGGGAACUGUCCUCUUUAUCAUAUUUGUAGUGCAAUUGAAACUGACAAUUCUGCAGAUCGUUGACUAUCUCUGCGAUAAGAUUUAUUUUUGUGCUCUUUUGCUGUUGCUGUCUGUGUUUUAUAAUAUGUAUGUUGUCUAUCAAUUGAUACUUUUAUCUUGGAUGGCAACAUUCAAUCGAUUUCUGGAGGCCUAUCACAAAGAGGGAAUGCCAUCUCGGGAGCAAAAGCAUCAGCUUAAACAGCUUUUCCGACUUUACUCAAGGAUCAGCAAUGGUCAUCAGAAUAUAAUGGUGUUGUGGCUUCCAGUGGCCACCAUGCUCUUUUCCAACAUUGUGGUCCUGGUGGCUCAUUGGGCCACUGUUAUUUAUUGCAUUCUGUUUAUUGAUCGAAUGGAUGCAGUGGAAAAGUGGCAUGAUUUUCUCAGGGAACACCUUGGCGGUAGUGUGGCACCUUUGCUGAGGAUCCUGAUCAUCGGUUUGUGCAACGAUCGCUUGGAUCAGAUGCAGAGAUACUUGAGUUUGCAGCUCUUGAUUAUUGAUUUGAGGUAUUCAGGAGGUCAAGAAAUGCGAACAGGGGAGGACUUAAAUGGAGAGGUAGGUAAAAUUGAUUUAAUUUGGAAUUUUAAUAUAUAUACUUUUGUAUAAAUGCAGCAAACUUGCUUUGAUCUACAAUUAAGAGCUCAACCCAUAAGGAAUCAAAUAAUGAGCAUACAUCAAGUAUGCGGCUGUCCUUUUGUCCUGGAAUUUUUCUUUUGUACUUUAUUGAAUGCUUUGAGCACUGUGCAAUAUGGUAUUGCUAAUGGAAUAAAUUUGUAUAAACAUUAA